UGAACAUGUGGCCAUAAAAUUACUAGGUCAUCUUUAGCCUUUUAUGAUGUUCACCUCAUUGUGAUUUACUUUUCACUAUUCAAUAAUUUCUCUCAACCAUUUUGCACUAAUGGCUGGGCAGAUAUGAUUGGAUUGCAACUUUUGCAGGAGAUAGUCAGCAAUGGUCCCAUUAUCACAUGUUCGGGAAAAUUUGUCUGAUGUGUGGAAUAAGGAAUAUGAUCUCCAGUCCCCUAGCUGCUUGAUACAACAGUCUGAUGCAUUCAGCAAAUGAUAUUGGAAAUGCUUUGAAAACCACUCCCAGUCCUCUUGGUCCACUCACCCAGAGGGGGACAACAAGUUUGUUCACUCAAGUCUUAAAAAUGACAAAUAAUGUGCACAAAUAUAAUAUCAUUAAAACACAAUAAAUGGUGAGCUGUCUCACAAGCAAGGGUGCGGGCACACUGCCACAAUGGGAAAAACUGCAACACAGCAAGCCAACAAGAAUGCCAUCACCCUGAAGGGAUCUGCUGAAAUUGUGGCCGAAUUUUUCAAUUUUGGCAUCAACAGCAUACUGUACCAGCGGGGCAUCUAUCCGGCCGACUCGUUCCGACCUACGCAGAAGUACGACCUCACUCUCUGGGUCUCGCAGGACAACGAGGUCAACAGCUACCUGUCUAACAUCAUGGAGCAGAUCAAAGUGUGGCUGGAGGCUCGCGUGGUGCAGAGGCUCGUGCUCGUCAUCUCGAACGUCGACACCAGCGAGGUGCUGGAGCGCUGGGAGUUCAUCGUGGCCAACGAGAAGUCGCCCUCCGGUGACGGGGCGGAGGUGGCCGGCACCAAGGACCUCAAGACCAUCAGGAAGGAGGUGCAGAACGUGAUCCGCCAGAUCACCGCCUCCGUCACGUUCCUGCCGCUGCUCGACUGUCCGUGCUCCUUCAACCUGCUGAUCCACACGUCGCGUGACGCCGAGGUGCCGGAGAAAUGGGACGACAGCCCGCCCGGCUUCAUCGCCAACUCGGAGCAGGUCAAGCUGCGCUCCUUCUCCACCAGCGUGCACAAGGUCGACACGGUCGUCUCGUACAAGUGCGACCUGUGAGCGGUCGCCGCCGGGAGUGAAUGGCAAGUGAAGGGGUUUUGGCACGGUGUAAAGGAAUUGUGGUGCUGCGCGAAGGGAUGUGGAACCGAUUGACCGUCCGCGGCGAACGAUCGUGAAUGGCGUUAAUGGUGCAGCUGCAUGGUCGUGACGUGUCUGGCCGUUGAGAGAGUGGUAGGUGCAGAAGGCUGUAUCUCGAAGUGCAUUGUAUGUGUUUUCGCCGCUUGUGGUUGAAUGAGGGAGCAGAGUAAGGGCCUGCGUAAAAUGUGUCAUUUAUUGCCCUACUUGUUCCUUCGUAUUCAUCCUGGCCACGCUUGGUAACGUCUGUGCACGUCUUCGUAAAUGCUCGUCCUUCCACCUUGUCGUUUCUAUUUUUACCCUAACGGUUGAAGCCAAAUGGCGUGCGUUGUGCAGCGAAACAUGUGGGCCUCAUUGCCCAGCCGACCGCUUCAUUCCCUUUUACUCCUGCACCGUACGUUUUGUUCACGUCGAAUGAAAUCCGCCAUUUUGGGGAGUGCGAAGGGCUGCUUUUCUGCUGAAAGGCUGACAGGCUGCGUCUCGUCGAGAGCUGCCGCCACUCAUCAAUCAGAAAUGUCCGGCCUGGCUCCUGUGCCGCGGCGAAACGCCGGUUCACUGUCCGCGCACGCCGCUGCUGCUGUGCUCCCUAUAGCCGUACGGCUGUGGGCCGGCCGCGGGCGCACGCUUCACCUCUGUCACCGCAGCGGUGGCGGCGUGUUCGUCUUCGCCCGGUGGCGGCAGGGGCCGUGUGCGGCCGUCCGGUGGUCGAGGAUUACCAAUGGAGAGCAUUGCAGUUGCGUUGUCGCCAUCCGACUGGUUCACCCCGCGUGAGCCCCGUAAUACACUGCAUCGGCCUGUUA